AUGGGUAGUGCUGCUCUUCAAGACGACAGAGCUUAUACCCUUAUUCUGGACGUCAUGGAUUGCGACCCGACCUGUAUUUCGACAGGAACUCAGGAUCCUGGUUCCAAUACUAGUGUAGAGAAGGGCCAAACUGGGAUCACCGACAUAGCACGAGCGAGUGAAAUUCUUGUUCAAUGUUUAGCAACGUUCGUAGAGGCCGAUUACCUCUUGCAAAGGCCGACGGUAAUUAAAGAGAACAAACACAAGUUCUAUACUAAUGCCACGUUUGAACCUGCGCGACCUCAAGGAGUGCAUUUACUGGCUCAGCACCAUCGCCAUACCAAUUUCAAGCUUCACACACCGAGUGUCGCAAAACGAAAUGGAUUUGUGGCGCAUCUGGCGGGGGUUCUUGAGAAUAUAAAGAGAAGUGAGAACGAUACAUAUGACUCACUGGAUGACACAAACGCCUGUGACAACCAGCUAUCAGGGGACGUGUAUAGCACUAUAUACAAUUUCUCAAAAUUAAAAUUGCUUCGAAGAGAGAUUCCGACUUCACAUUGUGUGUUGGAUGAAAUUGCAAACGAAAUGGGCAAUCGCGGAUCUAAGUCAUCUUGCUCAGAACCACUGAACGAACUCCAGAAUAAAUUCAAUCACCCUCAACAAUCUUUAGGAUUAGGCAUCGGUGAAUUGGUAAAGUUAUUGGUUGAUCCCACGUCGGUACUAAUGAUUCGAAAUCGGAAGAAGACGAGUCGCCAUCUCGCCAGCCACACAAGAGCAGAGUGGAUGUUCUUAACAUGA